AGAGAUCUUCUAUAGCAUCACUUACUUGUUCAGCAUUCGUGAGAUAGCUUGUGAGAAAAAAUAUUCGCAAUGAAAUUGUUCAUCGUUGCAGUAUUCAUCGCUUACUCAAGCGCUGCGAAGCUCAACAGAGCAUACCUGCCACCGAAUUACGCACAAACAUCUGGCGGAUCCGGUGAUUUCCUUCAAACACCACUAUCCAACCCUACAUCUUUCAAUGGGUUACAAGGAAAUAAUGGAUUCAUUGCUAAAGAAACCAUUGCACAAUUCGGCAAUGAAUAUACUAAUGGUAACGUAGCCAAUGGUCGUCAGAAUAUCGACAAUGCUUAUACGCGAGCUGAACGACCCAGAGCUGCCUUAGAAAGAAAUGCAGCAAUACUUCGUCAAGCUAAUGAAAAUGAUGGUGAAAGAUAUUCUUACGCUUUUGAAACUGAAAACGGUAUAGUUGCUGAGGAAAAUGGAGUAGCAACGAACGGUGUUGAAGCACAGGGCGGGUACUCGUACACUGGUGAUGAUGGACAGGUUUACAGCAUUAGAUACACAGCUGGUCAGAACGGUUUCGUACCCGAGGGUGACCAUCUCCCCACCCCUCCCCCGAUCCCGCAGGAAAUUCAGUUGGCUCUGGAACAAAACGCUCGCGACGAAGCUGCAGGAAUCUAUGAUGACGGCUCUUACAAUGAAAAUAAAUACGCCAAUGACAACGGCUACGCAACUUCCAACUCCAUCCAGCCAAUUGCCAACAUAAACAAUGAAGACUCUAUCGUCGUCAACUCCGCUACCAACAAUGAUGCUUUCCAACCUGGGUUCGCCAGACAAAACCAGGCGUCGGCAUACAAUCAGCAAAAUGGAAUUAACAAAGCCUAUCUACCUCCUACUUCUGAACAAAGGUCGACUGGAAGACUCGGUGGCUUCGGCAUCAGAAAUCGUCAGCCUACUUUCAGCUCUAGAAACGGUUACAAUUAUUAG